AGCGCGACCGCGUGCGUUCAGCUUGCAAUAAAAUAAUGUGCUCAGUAAAUAAUCUACUUUGCAAACUAACAAAAAUAAGUGAAUAUAAUACUUUGAAAUCCGAUCAGAAAACUAGACUGUUAUGCAUAUGUUUUUAAUUGUAUAUUUUAGUGUGUAAAAUAAAAAAAAACCGGUGUUUACUAUAACACUAAAUAUACUUAUGAGAAUUAAUUUUUAUUUAAAUAACUGAUUAAUUUGUGCUGUGAAAAAAUCUGUAAGGUAGAUACAACGGUGUUCUAAUAUCCGAAUCGGUUGUUAUCGAUUUUUGACGUCAGUUGUCCGGAACAGCUGUUUUGAGGAUGCGGAUGGAAUCUACUAGAAUUUGGAUCUUGCUUGUUUCAUAAAUAUUCUACUUGUAGAUUUAUCUGUGUGAUCAUGAUGCUCAAAUAUACAUUAAAGAACAGAUUUAUGAGAAAUUAAGUGUUACAGGAUAAUAAAGUGCAAAUCCUAUGUGAAGUGUAAUCAAAUCAAAUUCACUUUGGUGGUUGUUACUAUUCUAUUGAUAUACAUUACCUAAACAAAAAAAAAACACAUCUUUUGUAAAACGAAAUAUAAAAAAGGGAAGUGCUUGUGAUAAAAUUAGUGUGCCUUUAAAUUGGAUUCUUAACGUGGAUGUGGAUUUAAAUCUGUUAGUAAGGUGGUGAGGUGGUUCAGCACGUGGGGCGAUGCUGGGCGGGGCGGCGGGGGGCGCCCGCUCCCGCCCGCCCACUGAUCUGCACCAAGGUGUCACGAGAUUUCCACUGUAUUCACUAUUUCCAAACCAAGGUGGCCGAUCUUCACAGAUACAUAAAGUAACAGAGAGCUUGUUCUCAACGUCUCUGUCGACUUUCGGUGUGCCGACUCCGCCCCCGAACUCGCCGUACUCGCCGCUGCAGUUGGAACUGCUCAAUUGCGCGCAGCGAGUCCUCGUCACAGACAAGGAAUCCAGUAAAAUGGAAGAGGCUAAGUUAGGAAAGUGCUUAUCCGAAUCGCUCUGCUGUCCUGACCAGCGACAAUUGCUCGAAGGUGUGGGUAUGAUGCAGCCCCUUACUAUCAAGACGGAGCAAGCUAAGCGAACCUGCAACACCUGUCUUACGAAUUCACCUAAAAAGGUCAUACACACAGACGGUGGUUGCAGUCGAACUAACCCAGUGACCUGGCUAGGUGUGGCUGGCCAGAACGUACAGGUCCAAGUAAAACGUGAACCACAACAUGUCCACGUGUCCGAACUCGUCGCAGUCAAACUGGAACAAGCCUCACCCGGGAAUAAGCCGGACCAACCGCCGCCCGCUAUACCGGCUUCGUUGAACAAUGGUUCUAUACCCGUCGGGAUUGCGGUUGCUCGCCAGAGAGUAGGUGACACAGGUCUCUUUGCCGCACUUUCGCAAAAGGACACUCAACGGCUUCAUGAACUUGACGCAGCGCAGGCGGCCAUGACGGUGGGCGUGGCUAACGUGCUCUGUGACGACCGCUCCGCCCCAUUGGCGUGGCCUACACCCGCUCCCGCACCCCCCGCACCGCUAUGGCAGUACCCCGCGCAAGUGUCAAUGGAGAGUAUGAUGGUGGGUGGUGUUGGAGGCGUGGGCGUGGGGUCGGUCGGUGGUGGCGUCUCGUCUGGCUUCCAGCUGGUUCGGGAGCCCACAUCGGGUGCUCUCCUGCUGUUGCCAGCGCCGCCAGACCUUCCCCACGCGGUAGUCUGGGGUGGGGUUCCUUAUCCGUCCGCUCCUCUGCUACUUCCACCGGCCCCUCACCCUUCACAUCACCUCCAACUACUACCGGGAGAUCUUCUUGCCUCUACCGCUACCCUUCAACAUACGCACACCCAUUCCACUCGACUCGUCACUCUCGCCCCGGCUCCGCCGCCUCAGCAACAUCCUCAACACUCAGUUGAUAAAAGGAAACCAAUCAUGCAACCUUUAAUUACUCCACAUCAUACCUUAAUAAAAAUCGAACCCGAACCGCCUCAAGAGAAACCUCCUACAUUUGCCCCCGAACCUGUCCAACAGCCAAUGCUAACGACGCAUUUGUACUAUCAACCCGAUUUUUCGGAACAAGCGUGUAGAAGUCAAGCGACCUCACCCGCGGCGCCACCCACGCCGCCUCCAGAAGCUCCAGAAGCCCCAGCACACAGAGAUGCUUCAAAUCAAACAGAUCAUAUUGACGAUGAAGAUGAAUCGCCAAAUCAUGCUGAUGAAGACGAGCGAGAGGUGGCGUGCGUGGGCGUGGCUCAUUUCCCUGAAGAGUCUAAUGGAAUGCAUAUGCAGUCUUUACCUCCGAUUGAUAGUGCAGAAGAAUCAUCUUCCGAAGGUCUUGCCGCUUCGAAUGUAGUUGGUGCAGUAGAAAAAGCGAUUGAUGCAAUUGAAAGAGACGAGUCAAUAGACAAUAACUCAAACAGUGGAGGCUCUCAUGACUUAAUUAUAGACACAGCAAGGAGUUCGACCCCACUCCCUGCACCACCGCAACUACCAGCAAGACCACCAGUUGACGUGAGUGGGUUGGAGCUUUUAUCAAAUAGUAUCGAACAGUUUGAACGAACUACCCCUGGAUGUAAUAUGCCUAGCUUAGAUUCUACACCUUUAACCGUAGACACGAGAACGUCGACGAAAUUAAACAUAUUAAUCAAAACAUCUCCAAAAUCUCCUCCCCGCACUGAUGUAGAACCUCACCGAAGAUUCGAGUUCCCAGUUUCAGAAACGAAUACAGAACAAGGGAAACCCUCCUUUGACGGUCUAGGGUUAUUAUGUGCUUUAGCUGAGCAAAGGUUCAUGGAAGAGGUCGAAGAAAGCCCUCAAACAAAUUUACCUUCAACAUCUCGACCGUUCAUUAAAACAGAACCAUUAUUAAGUCCUACUGAAAAGGAAAUAGAAAGAACAAAUGACUCUAAGAAAGAAAAGCACAGGAAUAGAGAAGACUCGAGUGAAGGUAGACGGAAAAGGAGUCGUGACAGAGAAGACAGAUUACGUCAUAAGUUAGAAAAGAUGAGACGACAUAAACGGGAACGGAAAGACGACGAAGGGGAGGAAGGAGGUGAAUUAGAAGCUAGCUUACGUCGUGUAACAGCUUGUUCUUGCGGUUUGUCUAGCUGUUCACACUCGUCCACGGUGCCUUCGGCUCAAGCUCUUGUAAAUGCUAUCGAAAAAGACAUGCGAGAACGUUUACAAGACUUGCAAAGGCAGUGUGAUGAGAAACGAGCUCAGUUAAAUGCUCUGACUCCACCUUUACCUGUUCUUUCAACUCCUCCUACGCCGAGCACUCCAGCUCUCUCACCAGACUCUGAUAGAGGAUCGUCAAAGAAGCGUAAGGUGGGACGACCAAGAAAAGUAUCUAGCCCUGAUUCUACUGAGACUAUUGUAGCUAAAAAACCUAAGUCCAAGAGCAGUCUCGUUGGCUAUUUAUUAGCAAAAGGUAAAUUGAAAGGCAAUAUUUUAUAUUCAAAAGGGGAACCCUCUAGAGAGGACAUAAAUAGGACAAGUAAAGUAAGACCUAAGUUGAAAGCGGAACCUAUAGUGAAGAUGUAUUCAGAGGAGGAAGAACAUGAUUGGGGCCUUAAUAGAUCAGCUAGUUCCUCAAUGGAGAGUCUUAAUGAGGUUCGUCAGAAAAAUCGAGAAAAAGUAGAUCGGUUAGCGAGGAAGCAUUCAAGAGACGAUCUUUCGGAAAUAGAAUUAGCUAUUCGACGUGCGAGCGCUUCAAGUGAUAGCGAUAAAGAAAAACGUCGUGCGAAAAAAAGGCGAAAGAGUUCAAAGUCUAAAGAAAGAACGGAUGAGGAGACAAAAGUUACACCGGCCGAACCUGUCACACAGCCACAAGUGAUAUCAAGGUGUACUUUAACAGAGGAUAAAUUGGAUUCGUCACCAAGAGUGCUGACAGCAAGAGGAGGAUUGUUUUACGCUGGAAAACUGAGUGCCGUGCAAGCACCUGAUGUCUACGCCAUAACAUUAGACGGCGAAAGGGGGAACAAACCACACAUACUAUCUAGAGAAGAAACUUUGAAAGAUGCUAUACUCGAAGUGAGUCCAGCUUCAGUCACGGACUUACCGUCUGGAACACGAGUAUGCGCGUACUGGUCCCAGCAGUACCGCUGUCUUUACCCAGGGACGGUGGCUGUGUCCUCGCCGGACCCACAUGAUGAUAAGUUUGUGGCUGUGGAGUUCGAUGAUGGAGAUUCAGGGAGGAUAGCUAUUGAAGAUAUCAGGUUCUUGGAGCCGAAUUAUCCUGUUGUUGAGUAUGAAAACACAUUAUUUACACUUGGUAAAAGAAGAAGAAACACUAGUAUGACUGAGGAGAAGAAGUCUACCACAUCUACUAGCACUGAGGUCAAAGUCGACCUACCACAACAGCAACCGUCCCCACCACAAGUUGAGAACGAUGAAGAAGACAGACACAGGGACCGAAAGAAACUUAAAAAGCAUCGCAAGGAGAAAAUGAGAAGAUUAACGAGCGAAGAGGAUCCAACAUCGAUGGAAUAUGUCAAAAAGAAGAAGAAGAAGCAUAAGUGUUGCGAAGAACAUUGCAAACACAGGCGUCAUCAUAAGAAACAUCACAGAAAACACAAGAAGAGACAUCAUUCUAUAUGCAAAGAUCACUCAAGUUCAUCAGGCGAUGAUCACAGACAGAAAUCAUCUUCUGAUUACAUAGAUUCAAAUAAAUCUAACGAAGAUUCAGUGGAUUCAAACGAUAGAUUAUCAACAUUGAUAGCAGUUGAGAAGUCUCCGGAAGAGAAAAUGAAGACUGUUAUUAAGAAAGCUGUGUUAUCAAAGAAGAGUUUGGUUAAAAACGCUGUGUUAGAUUUUAGUAAUAUAGGCAAGAUUGCCUUGAAAAAAGACACCGAGGGAAAAGACAAUUUAAAAGAUAGUGGAAUUGGAUUGGAAGAAGAAGGGCCGUCUACUUCUGCUGCUGCCACAACUAGUGAUGUAAAUAAAAAGAAGACGAAACGUCGAACAGUUUCUUCGACGUCCUCCGACGGUGGUGGUGGCGGUGUGAGCAAAAUGGCAGCUUUCCUGCCUGGUGGUGCGCUAUGGCGGUGGCAUGGACCCGCCUACAGGCGCACCGCCAGACCGCGACAUCGCAAGCUCUUCUACCGAGCCAUACAGCGCGGGGAGGAGAUUUUACAUGUGGGAGAGGCAGCCGUAUUCCUGUCAACGGGUCGCGCCGACCGGCCUUACAUCGGACGAAUAGCGGCACUGUGGGAAGCUCGCGGUGCGAUGGCCGUACGAGUCCACUGGUUCUACCAUCCAGAGGAGACAGCAGGCUGUGAGCGGCUGCACUAUCCGGGUGGCCUCUUCGAAUCUCCACACACGGACGAGAACGACGUACAAACUAUAUCACACAAAUGCGAAGUGUUACCGCUAGAGCAGUACAAGGAACGCAUGAGUGACGACCCCGUUAAAUACAGUACCGUCUACGACAACAACGACGUGUAUUACCUAGCCGGCCACUACGACCCCACGCAACAGAAUCUACGAAUGGAAACAGAUAUACCGUUCGCUAAGACCUCUUAAGAGGGUAUGCUCGCCUAGUACUUUUGAACGAGUAACACGGGAACUAUUCUUCCAGACAGAAAGAGACAAUGGAAGUUAAAAUCGUUGUAAUUUUAAUAUAUUAUUUUCCAAUUUUAUUUAUAUCAGUUUUUAGUGUGUUACACAGUAAGAAUUUUAUUAAUAAUAUCCAUUAUCAUGUAUUGAAUCGAUUUAUAAACUUUAAAGUGAUGGGUGUAAGUAAUAAAAACAAUAGCGAUUUAAUUAAAUUAAACAGUUUAUCAAAAUCUCGAUGUUAGAAGUACAUACCAGUAGAUUACUUUCCGAUCCACGAGAAUAUCGGACGUAGCUUUGAGAAUCACUUUAUACAGGUCUUAAAGUACAAUGUAGAUUUUUGAGGCUCAAUACAUGUGACAAUUUUUUCACGUUUAACGUCCCCCGAGACGGUCUUUGUAACGUACGUACGUGUUAAAGUUACCCCUUGUUACGUUUUAGCGUAUCCGUUUUGGAAUGUUAUGUUUUUUCAUCUCGAUUAUACGGGCCGAGUUGGUGAGGCGAUGACAAUAGUUGGGAGCGUUCGCGGUCGAUUGAGAAGCGACUGAUUCGGUGAUGACAUGUGAUUUAUUUUUAUACACGUAACGCUAUAAUCUCAGUGUAUAGGUAGUUGUAUCAUUAAUGUAUAUUUUUUAUUUUAGAUUUUUGUUUUAUUCGUAUACUUUAGUAGUUCUUCGUAAUAUAUAUUAUCUAUAAAACGCAAUACUACUUCUGCUAGUCCCUUAUUUCGUUCAAAAUUAACCAGUGAUGAUAUUAGUCAAAUAUCAAUUCCGUUGUUGAUUUACGACGGAACGUAAAAAAAAUGUAUAAAACUUUCGGAACUGUUUGUUAUAUUAUUGUUUCUUUAUAUUAUUAUUAUUAUUUUAUAUAUUUUGAUUGGUUGAUAAUAUUAUGUUACUUGAUGACUUUAUCUCGAAAUGGUGCUAGAUGCUUGAUACUGUUCGUAUAAUUUUGAUACUUUAAGAUUGUACAUAGAUUUUGUAGAGGGAGGUGUUUCAGCUGUAUAACGAUUUUUAUAAAUUUAUUUCGAUGUCCGCUUACUCCGAUGUUGCCAUUUAUUAUUAUUUACUAUAUUCAUAAUGUAUAUUUAAUACGACGUUUUAUUUCUACAGGGUAUGAUCGAAGCCCGCUUUUUAUCCUUUUUAUUCAUAUCGGAUGUAUAUGGAGGGACUGAAAGACAGGGAUAUAGCUAGGUCGACCAAGGAUAGGAAAGUAGAUAGGUUUUGUAUGAAGUGGCCAAACAGUUUAUAGGAAAAUGAUGGAAAAUUUUCAGCCGUAUAAGUAGAUACUCAGACCUUCAUUAUUAGCUAACGAGGUAGCAGUCCCGAUUUUUUAAAUUUUGUGUAAUUUUUAAUUAUUCUUUUUAUAUUUAAGUGAAAUAAAAUUUAUUGAAAAUUAAAUAGGUGUAGCGAUAGAUAUUUGUUUUUUUUUUUUAACUAAAUAAAUUUUUUUAAUAAUAUAAAAUGCUUGACUAUCGCUGUUUCUUGCGUAGAUUUUCUUAUAUUUUCGGUUUUUAAACGUGAAAAUAGGAAUGAUAAUAAUGCAAUCAUUGAUUUUUCUUGAAUAAAAUUAUUAGAUUUAUUUUUAUUGAUAUAAUGUGAAAAAAUAAUAUUUUAUUGCCGAUUUAAAAUCAAUUAAUUACUUACGCCGUAGUUCGUUAUGAUAUAGGUUUACAUUUAAGUUCAUUAAUAAGUUUUGUAGAAUAAGGUUUUCUUUUUUUAUUUUACAAAUAAAAUAUAUAUUAUUGGACUUUAAUCUUUAAAAAUUAUAUUGGAAACUUAAAAAAAAAAAGAAGAAAAACAAAAUUUCGAAUUUGGAAUUAUGAAAGAAAGUGGUAUUUUUAUAUAACGAAUUCAUGAUUUUUAAUUUUAAAAGAUGUAUAAAAUAAGUACAAAUUCAUUGACGAUCGAGUCUUAACUCGGCCCACGAGUGUAUACUAACAUAUUGAUUUAAUUCAUCAAAAUCGAAACGGCCUUCUCGUGUAGUGUACACUACGCCGUGAGACUGUUAUGAAUUUCCUGAAUUAUUCACAACCUUAGCGUGUAUUGCGUGGAAAGCCAUACAAAUAAUUAUUAGAUUUAAAGAGUAAUAAUAUAUCAGCAUUGAUAAUAUAAAGAUUAUAAAUACGCUUAAAUAAAAUAUU